UUUCUUUAACCGCCAUCCCCAGCUCUCGUCCGCCAUAAAACAUGCGUGUUUCUCUGCCAUAACAAACCUCAAAUUUCUCAGUGAGCAUCUUUUAGAAAUAUAUCUGGUUAUUUUCAGACCUGAAUUUUUCCUGGUACAUUUUACGUCAAUUUCAGUGCUUUUGAAGGUCUCAGGUUCGAAACAUGGAACCGCCGUUUAUGAAAGGCUAUUGGAACAGUCCAGAAAAUAUGUUGCCUCGGGGAACGCGACGCAGUUGGCAUGAAAAAGGAUCGCCCCGCCCUAGGUCUUCAAGAGCACCUGCUAUUGACCGCCGAGACAAUCCGUCAAAAUCACGCAUUAAUAUUCCUGUAGAGUAUGUCGACAGUUCUUCUGCUUCAAAACCACAUUUUCAGACGAAGAAGAAGAAGAAUUAUAGGUGGCGAGCGAAAAUGAGCAAGCCAACUGCGGCCGUCAAAAUGCAGGCCGCGUAUAGAGGGUUUCGUGUGAGGAAGUCUAUGCCGUUGAAGAAUUUGAAGGCUAUUGCACAGGCGAAAAAGAGUAUGGAGGAGCUUAAACGGCAGCUUGGCUACGAAAAAGUUGUGCAAUUGAUCCGUCAAAAUGAAAAGGAGCGGCUUAGAAUUGCGGAGGGGCUUAUGUCGCUGCUUCUUAAACUUGAUGCAAUUCAGGGAGUGGACACAAUUGUGCGGGAAUCAAGGAAAGCUGUAAUCCGUGAACUGAUAAAGCUUCAAGUAACUGUAGAUGCCAUUAUUGUGGAAAAGACCCUGGAAAGUGAACCACCUACUAAAAAAGCCGAAGAAUCUGUACUUUCAAACAAAGAAAGUUCCCCUGAAGUACAACGUGUACUUAUAGACAUUCAAGCUUCGGAGUCCAAUGCUGCCUCUUCAUCCAAUACAGACUUAACUUCUUUGGAAACUGAGCUAGCAAAGAAAGUCAUACUCAGUGAGAAAGAUCCUGAAAAUAAUAAGGAUUUUUCUGUUGUAAAAAAAAUGGAACCUUCACAGCAAAUGAAAAAUCCAAAAGAAAAAGAAAAAAUGGCUUCACUCAAUGAAACUAUGGAUUCCUCUGGGACUGCAAAUGGGUCCUCUAAACCUUUAAAAGAUUCUUCUGGAACUUUAGAAGAUUCUUCUUUGGAACCUGUUGAAGAUUCUUCAGAGGCUGAAACCUUUUCAAGCGGUGGAGAUGUAAAUGAUAAUGAUGAUGUUUCUAUUGUUGACCAAGAGCAGAUAAGUUCAGAUAUGCCUCAGUUAGAGACUAGUGAAUCUGGGGCAAUGGAAGAGGAUUUCGGAUCUGCCAGCAGGAAUGCCAUACUUCAAGAGGCCUUUGAAAUGUUGGAUCAGAUCAAAUCCCAGAUUUCUGAAGGCCAAGCGCAGAAAUAUAAUGAAGCACCUCUGCAAGCAAAUGAUGCUGCCAACAUUGUUCAAAAGAAUGAAGAGAAACUGAAAAAGGUUAUUAGCGAGCACAGUAUUCAAAGUACGGAAAGCUCUGAGGGACUCCAUAAAGGUGAAGAUACCUCCAACCAAGGGAAAUCAUCACAGCAAGAUGAAAUAUCUGAAGCAAAGAUUUCAGUACAAGCCAAUAAUUCAGAAGAGGCUGCUUGUGUCAAAAAGAGGGGAGGGACUAAUAAAGAUAUGAAAUCAUUUUCGCAGAGACAGAAGGACGAUGAUAAUGAGUCUAAAGGUCAAAGCACCAUCAUAGCUGUGGAAAAUGCACUUGAAGAAAACAAGAAAUUGAAUAAGGUGAUUGAGGAUCUGCACCAGAGAAACCAAAUGCAAAGUGAAAUAAUUGGUCAUGUAAGUAACAAGCUUGAGCAGUUGGAGAAGCGAAUUUUGCAGUUGAACAACAAGUCUAUGGGCAAAAGAAAAAGGACCUGAGCAAUUCAAACAUUUGUGAAGAAGAUAUAUAGGAGCUGAUAUUCAAUCAACUUCCAAGCAGCAUGCAGAAAUUCGACCACCGAGCAACUCCAAAAACAAGAAAAUUUAUUGUUUUGAUCUAGAGUGGAUUUUUAAGCACAUUUUAGUGUCAUAGUUGCUGUAAAGUUAUUGUAUUGUUCAUAAAUGUAUCUUUUGCUUCGGACUUUGGCUACAUGUUUCAGCAGAACAACAAUAAACGAAUUCGAAAGAAAGUGAUCCCGUUGUCCCUGAAGGGCCCUCUUUGAAGCCCAUCAAAUAGGGAAUAUUUGAAUAAAAGCUUUUUCCUUUUUAAUAAGAAUGGAAAGUAUAUGGUAUUUUAGAUUUUUCUAUACUACCACUUACAGUUUGCACGAAUGAAUUCAUUUUUAUAUAUUACACAAAAAACUCUUAUUUACACCCAGAGAUGCAAAGAUGGAGGUUCUACUACAAACCAAAAGAACAGGAACAUUAAAGUGCAGGAAAUCUUUAUUGAUAUACUUCAGCUUGUUAGAGUUUGCCUGUAAUAUUAAAAGAUAGCAACGGAAAGUCUCGUAAAUGAAAUGA